UUGGCAACACUGGACUGAAUGGAAGCGAUAAUUAUUAGUUUUUUUACUCCGCUGUUCUCUGGAAGAAAUUACCAGUCCUUACUGUCUGAGACCGAAUCAAGACUGGUUUUACGCGAGACCGGUCUCGAGUAUUACAACACUGGUGUUUAUACUGUAUACAUCAUUGUGCUUGACGCUCUAGUUAUUAUGUUGCAGUAUUUGUUACAGUAUUUUGCACUGUGAAGAUAUAACAUUUGAAUCUUUUCGACCGAGAAGGACUAUGGGAAAUCAAGUCAACAGUAUCAAGCGAGCUCAUUCUGGUGCAUACACGCACCAAUGUCAAGAAACUACAAUCCCCAGAAGCCCUUGUAUCGUUGACUUUGGCAAGGUUUCUGUGGACGUGGGAAAGGGUCUGCUCAACGCUCACAGAAACAAAUGUCCAUGGGUGUAUGUUGCAAUCGAAAUGAACAGCCUUGACAUGCACAUUUGAUUCAACAUAUAUAUGUGAAUUAAAAUAUGUGGCUUAAACCUGAAGAGAUAUUGCUGAAAAAUGCAUUAAAGUUAUGGGUGACAGAAAAAGGCAACGAAUAUUUCGUAUUACAAAGGAGGCGAGGAUAUGGCGAAGGAGGAGGCGGUUUGACAGGUCUUCUGGUUGGAACUCUUGAUACAAUGCUGGAUUCCACGUCUAAGGUUGCUCCAUUUCGCAUUCUACACCAGACACCGGACUCUCAGAUCUACUGGUCAAUAGCAUGUGGUGGCACCAAGGAGGAGAUCAACCAACACUGGGAGUGGCUGGAGAAGAACCUCAUGAGAACCUUGUCUGUGUUUGACUCCAGCGAUGACAUCACCAGCUUUGUGCAGGGCAAGAUCAGAGGGCUGAUUGCUGAGGAAGGGAAGGUGUCAGGCGUGCAGGAGGACGACCCUGAGAAGUUCCGUGAAGCACUGCUGAGGUUUGAGAAAUGGUUUGACCUCCCUCAGAAGGAGAAGCUGGUCACCUACUACUCCUGUAGCUACUGGAGGGGCCGCGUGCCCUGCCAGGGCUGGCUCUACCUCAGCACCAACUUCCUGUCCUUCUACUCAUAUCUGCUGGGCUCCGAGGUGAAGCUGGUAGUCUCGUGGAAUGAGAUCUGGAGGCUGGAGAAAACGUCCAAUGUCAUUCUGACGGAGAGCAUUCAUGUUUUGGCCAAUGGGGAGGACCACUACUUCUCGAUGUUCCUGCACCUCAGUGAGACCUUUCUGAUCAUGGAGCAACUUGCUGACUACUCCAUCAAACGCCUAUUUGAUAAGGAGACCUUCCAGGAAGAGCCCUCCCUCUCAGACCCACUACAGAUCACCAAGAGAGGCUUGGAAACUAAUGCUAGGAAUGAGCAAUUCCGGGCCUUCUUCAGGCUGCCUAAAGAGGAGAACCUGCUGGAGGUUUAUGAGAGCUUCCUAUGGGUUCCAUUCAGCCACUACAACACGCUUGGGAAGAUCUGUCUGUCUGAGAGCUACCUGUGUUUCGCUAGCCAGGAUGGCAGCCAGUGCCACGUCAUCAUCCCCAUGAGAGAGGUGAUUGGUGUGGAGAAGCCGGACCGUAGCAGCAGGGCUUUGACUGUGUGUGUGCGGGGUAAGAGGGCUCUGAGGUUCUCUGAAGUUCGGGACUUUGACCGUCUCAGCAAUGCAAUCAGCAGGAGGUGUGGGAUGACUGCCAGUCCUCAACACUCUGCAUCAACUGAGGGUAUCAGAAGGGAGUGCCAAAACCUCAUCAAUCACUUUGAGGACAACCCAGAGGAGGUGGCUAUGAUGGUGGGACAGAAGGAGAGCAGCAAGGCCGUCAGCAAUGAGGCCCUCAUGACUGUGUUCCACCCCCAAGAUGCUGAAAACCUGGAUGCCAAAAUGCUAAAGGAGAAGAUGAAGGAGCAGUCAUGGAACAUCCACUUCUCAGAGUAUGGCCGUGGCACCAGUAUGUUCUGUACCAAGAAGACACGAGACCUGAUUGUGCGUGGCGUCCCUGAGGCCUUAAGAGGAGAACUCUGGAUGCUCUUCUCAGGUGCAGUCAAUGACAUGGCCAUUAACCCUGGGUAUUACAGUGAGAUAGUGGAUCAGUCUCUGGGGACCAGCACCCUUGCCACUGAUGAGAUAGAGCGAGACCUGCACCGCUCCCUACCAGAGCACCCUGCCUUCCAGAGCGACACAGGCAUCUCUGCCCUGCGCAGAGUCCUCACUGCAUAUGCCUACAGGAACCCCAAAAUCGGCUAUUGCCAGGCCAUGAACAUCCUGACGUCGGUCCUGUUGCUCUAUGCUAAAGAGGAGGAGGCUUUCUGGCUGCUAGUGGCCAUCUGUGAGAGGAUGCUGCCUGACUACUUUAACCGCAGGAUCAUUGGUGCCCUGGUGGACCAGGCGGUGUUUGAGGAGCUGAUCCGAAUGCACCUCACCCAGCUGACAGAGCACAUGACAGACCUGACCUUCUUCUCCUCUGUGUCCCUGUCCUGGUUCCUCACCCUGUUUAUCAGCGUCCUGCCCAUAGAGAGUGCUGUCAACGUGGUCGACUGCUUCUUCUACGACGGCAUCAAAGCCAUCCUGCAGCUGGGCCUGGCUGUGCUCGACUACAACAUGGAGGGCCUGAUCAGCUCCAAUGACGACGCUGAGGCAGUCACCAUCCUCAGCAAGUUUUUCGAUAAUGUGACCAAUAAGGACAGUCCUCUACCACAAACAGUGCAGCAAAACUCAGUGGGGAACAACGACAAAGCAUCAUCCCUCUCCAAGGUGGACAUCAGUGAUCUCAUCAAAGAAGCCUAUGAGAAAUAUGGAGACAUGAAAUCAGAGGAAGUAGAGCGCAUGCGGAAAAGAAACAAACUGUAUGUAAUCCAAACAUUAGAGGAUACGACGAAACAAAAUGUGCUACGGGUAGUUUCACAAGAAGUAAAGUUCAGUCCUUCCCAGCUUGAUAACCUUUAUGCAUUGUUCAAGAGGCAACAUUUCCUCAGCUGCUACUGGACGAUGAACAGCCCAGUGCUGCUGCACCACGACCCCAGCCUGGCCUAUCUGGAGCAGUACCAGCUGGGCUUCCAUCAGUUCAGGCUGCUCUUCACCCUCCUGGAACCCUGGUCCCUCUGCAGCGGCAACGAUGCCCUCUUCCUCUGGGCCUUCCGCCUGCUGGAUGAGAACCAGGAUGGCCUUGUCAACUUCAAAGAGUUCUGCUGUGCCCUGGACAUUUUGUACAGCGGCACUUUCACCAACAAACUGAAAUUCCUGUUCAAGCUUCAUCAGCCACCAGCUUUCACAGGGAGUCCUUUCCACUCAAAGGGCCAAAGACUUCCUCACUUUAUUCCAAUGACUGACGACCUAUCCCACUUGAGUCGAUUGACUGUGUCUGAUCUCCCAGAAGAUGGCGUGAUCAGGAAAAGCCCUGAAAGAGGCAAAGGGAAAGUGGAUCUGCAGGCCUACCUGAAACAAUGGCAAGAUGAGAUACUAAAGAAAGAGGAGAGCAUCAAGGAUUUACCCAGGAUUAACCAGGCUCAGUUCAUCCAGUUCUCCAAAACGCUCUACAACCUGUUCCAUGGUGACCCAGAAGAGGAGUCUCUGUACCGUGCUGUGGCUCGAGUCACCAGUCUUCUGCUGAGGAUGGAAGAAGUAGGGCGCAGGCUCCAGGAGCCCACCAGCCCCCAGAAGUCCACCACUAGCCCCACCCAGGCUGCCCUAGAGGGGGCUCUACUCGACAGGGAGGCCUGCAGCACCCCUGAGAGAAGCUCAGACACCCCUAGCGCUACCAUCACCCUGGAGGCAGGCUCCAUCCCACAGGAGGUGGAGUGGUCAUUCGCCUUUGAGCAGAUCUUGGCAUCGCUGCUCAACGAGCCUGUCCUUGUGCGCUUCUUUGAGAGGCCUGUGGACAUUCAGGCCCGACUGGACUAUGCCAAGGGUGCUCAGUUGAAAGCAAAGACAAACAAGUGAACUGAAGGAUAAACUGUGGUUCUUAACUUCUCAAAGCCAUUAAGUCUCUAUGUUCACUAUUCUCUACAGUUCUUUCUCCGCCUGGUCAGGUAACAGGAGUAUAUUCUAAGCCAACCCUGUUCACUGUAACCAAACGCAAGGAAAACACUUGUAGAGAAAACAUUCACACCUUUUAACGCCUAUAGAUUCCAGUUGUAUCUUGUUGAUUCAUUGUUUUAGUCCUGUCAUCUGCACACCAGAAAACCUGCUCAAGCAUCUUGCUUCUAUGUGUCAAAGUGUUUUUUCUCAUGCAGCCUUACAUCACUUAGCUAAUUUUUUUAGAAACACCAGGCUUUCAAAUUGGGGUGAGCGUGAUCAGUUGACUUGUGUGGAAUAUGUAGGGAGCAGCAACACACUCCAGGGUAAUCACUUGAAGUCAAUCAUUGCAUGAAACCAGCACAUGUAGAUGGGAUAGAUAAUUGUAUGAGACCUUUACUGUUGCUCAUCCAUAAUUAUGCAAUGAAUUAAACCUAGAAUGGAGAGAUGAAAGAGACACUACUAUGUUAUUGUAUUUCUGGGUUUACUUUGUAAUGACGGGAUAUGGCCAAUUUAUUUCUGGUCAAUUUGUGGAGAGGGGCUUUUGAAAAACGAUGGGACCACUACUUGCUAAAGGCCCAAGGCCGAUUGUUGGAAUUCUACAUUUCAGUUUUUUUACAACCUCUAUUAUGCUUUUGACUUCAAAUCCAUUUGUUUUGUUGAAGUAUCAUGAGUGAGGGAAGAAGAGCAUGUUGUCAUUGCCAUUUCAAAUCACUUUCAGGACACAAACUAAAAACAAAUUGGAUAGUUGCAGUUGAGGCAACCACUGUUGUCAAAUGAGGACAUUGUGCAAUAUUCUUGUAUCUACUACUGUCUGAGUCUUUAAGGGAAAUUAAGUAAUGUGUAUAUAUAAUUUGAUACACAGAGGAAUGGACAAUAAACAUGUGUUAUGAUUA